CGGCGGCGGUCGCGAAGUAAGAAAGUACAGAGCCGGCCCGGCAGCUGUCAGUCAAAGCACUGCAGGUACGCGGCCCGAGGGGCCCGCGGGGCCGGCGCGGCCAUGGCGGCCGUUUUCGACCUGGACUUGGAGACGGAGGAAGGCAGCGAAGGCGAGGGCGAGCCAGACUUGAGUCCCGCGGACGUGUGUCCCCUUGCCGAGUUGAAGGCUGCUGGCCUGGAGUCCGUGGGACACUACGAGGAGGUGGAGCUGAGCGAGAGGAGCGUCAACCCGGGCCCCGAGCGCAUUGGGCCGCACUGCUUUGAGCUGCUCCGAGUGCUGGGCAAGGGGGGCUAUGGCAAGGUGUUCCAGGUGCGAAAGGUGCAAGGCAGCAACUCCGGUAAAAUAUACGCCAUGAAGGUGUUGAGGAAGGCCAAAAUUGUGCGCAACGCCAAGGACACGGCCCACACGCGUGCCGAGAGGAACAUUCUGGAAUCAGUGAAGCACCCCUUCAUCGUGGAACUGGCCUACGCCUUCCAGACGGGGGGCAAACUCUAUCUUAUUCUUGAGUGCCUCAGUGGUGGCGAGCUCUUCAUGCAGCUGGAGCGAGAGGGUAUCUUCCUGGAAGACACGGCCUGCUUCUACUUGGCUGAGAUCACGCUGGCCCUGGGCCACCUGCAUGCCCAGGGCAUCAUCUACCGGGACCUGAAACCAGAGAACAUUAUGCUCAGCAGCCAGGGCCACAUCAAGCUCACAGACUUUGGUCUCUGCAAGGAGUCCAUCCAUGAGGAUGCUGUGACGCACACCUUCUGCGGCACCAUUGAGUACAUGGCCCCCGAGAUCCUGGUGCGCAGCGGCCACAACCGGGCGGUGGACUGGUGGAGUCUGGGGGCGCUGAUGUAUGACAUGCUCACUGGAUCGCCGCCCUUCACCGCAGAGAACCGCAAGAAGACCAUGGAUAAGAUCAUCCGGGGGAAGCUGGGGCUGCCCCCCUACCUCACCCCCGACGCCCGGGACCUUGUCAAGAAGUUUCUGAAGCGGAAUCCCAGCCAACGGCUUGGGGGUGGCCCCGGAGACGCUGCUGAUGUGCAGAGGCACCCCUUCUUCCGGCACAUCAACUGGGACGACCUCCUGGCCUGCCGCGUGGACCCCCCUUUCAGGCCUUGUCUGCAGUCUGAGGAAGAUGUAAGUCACUUUGACACCCGUUUCACGCGCCAGACGCCAGUGGACAGCCCAGAUGACACGGCCCUCAGCGAGAGCGCCAACCAGGCCUUCCUGGGCUUCACCUACGUGGCACCUUCUGUCCUGGACAGCAUCAAGGAAGGCUUCUCCUUCCAGCCCAAGCUGCGUUCACCCCGGCGCCUACACAGCAGUCCACGAACCCCCGUCAGUCCUCUCAAGUUCUCCCCCUUUGAGGGCUUUCGGCCCAGCCCUGGCCCCCCAGAACCCGCGGAGCCGCCUCUGCCCCCGCUCCUGCCGCCACCUCCACCCUCCUCCAGCACUGCCCCCCUCCCCAUCCGCCCCCCCUCAGGGACCAAGAAGUCUAAGAGGGGCCGGGGAAGGCCUGGGCGCUAGGAGGGGAGGAGGCAGGCUGUCGAGGCCCUUCCAGAUCCUGGGCCAGCUUCCAGGAUGUCACUAUUGGGGGUGAGUGUGGCUGUCCCCCGGACUCAAAUCAUGAGCACAAAGUGCCUGCGGGCCGUGACUGGGCUCUGGGCCUGUGCCCUGAAUUAAAGCACUUCAUCAUGUC